CAGCCGGAGUGACUGACAUAUGAUGGUGAAACUGCAGUGCAGCGCCGCAAAUUUAUCAUCAGAAAAAUGAAAAAUAUUGUCAAUCAUUAAAAUGUCACUCAAUUUGUGAGCCAAAAACUGUCUGUAUUUAGUUGUGAAGCCCAACAAUUUGGAUGUCAAUUGCCGGUACACUCGACCGGCUCCUGGAUUGUCGAGCUCGAGCUCAACCCAUCUCACUCACCAUGAAUUGAUCAUGCACAUGCACACUCACUCAGCUCGGUCUGCUUCUGUCACUUGUCAUUGGCAAUUCAACGUUCAUUCAUUCACAUGCAGUGCACACAUAAACUGGGUGGGAACAAUAUUCAUAUCGUGAAAAUGGAAACGGGAGAUCCUGUUGCGAUUCCGAGCCAAAUUCAAAAGAAGACACAGCCGUUUACAAAACAAAGGCGAUGGACUGAUGGAGACAGUAAUCCCUGUUUGACUGAAGCAAACGCAUCGUACCAGUGCCUUCAUGAUUAUAACUUUGACCGUGAGAGAUGUAAAGGAUACUUUGCCAACUAUAAGAAUUGCAAGAACUUUUGGGGCAAAAUUAUGAAACAGAGAAGGAAAGACGGAAUCAUACCGGUGCUUCCAGGUCCAGAGGAGAGAGAGAAAAUUUUAGCAGGACUUACGUGAUAUGAACAGAGCGUUACAGGAGAAUUAAAGAUGAACUGAUUAUAUGUAGUUGAACUGCUCUUUGCAACUGAAGCAAUGCCUUAUGGUAUUAUUUUGAGAUUGAAAACAAAAGGUCAGUGGUAAUAAUCCCACAAAAAAAUACCACCACCCGAUGGGGAACAAACGAUGCCAUGUACAGAAAACCUUUGCAAAGCACUCUGGAACUUGGCUGUUAUUUCGUUCUUUGUCUAGAAUUUCUUGUUUUUGAUAAUUUUAAGCUAGAUCAUGGGGAACUGAUUACAUAUUAGAAUCUUUUUACCAUGUACAUGGUCUUGAGAUUGUCAGAAAUACCACUCAAUCAUUUGGUUAUCCUCUCUAUGUCAAAUUUAUGAUAAUUUUUCCAUCAUAGCAAUUACCAUGGUACUGGGCUCAGCAGCCAAAUUCAGAUUUCCAUGAUGAUGAAUGUAAUGAAAAAGUUCCUUUAAUAUAAAAUAGACCUCAGGGCCCGAUCUUACAAAGAGUACCAUAUCUGGGCUCUGUAACACAAAGGUUUGCGAUGAAUUGCGAAUAUGGAAGAACACCCCUGAUUGGUCCCUGGUCAGCAUUUU